AUGGAGAUGAAUCCCCAGAGGCAAACAGGGCCCCCGGAGCCCGUCACUCACCCGGGCCGCCCGCCGAGCCGCUCCCCGCCGCGCUGCUGGGGCAGAUCCAACCCCUACCAAAGCAACCUGCUUCGAGAUGGUGUGCGGAGGUACCUGCAGCUGCCAGCGGACCAGACGGUGCUGAUCCUGCACGCCAAAGUCGCCCAGAAGUCAUAUGGCAAUGAGAAGAGGUUUUUCUGCCCCCCGCCUUGUGUUUACCUGAGAGGGCCGGGAUGGAAGUUAAAACAGGAGCAGAUCAAAGCCAGAGACCUGGGAGAAGCAGGUUUUCGGGUGUGUGGGUACAUGGGGCUGGACAGCAUGGGCAGCAGCCUGAUGGAGACUCAGAAGUUCAGCUUUGAGGAGCAGCCAGAUGCCAAGGGCUUCGGCUGUGCCAAGGCACUGUACAUCUCGGACGCGGACAAGCGCAAACACUUCCGCCUGGUCCUGAAGCUCUUCUUCAGCAACGGGCAGGAGAUUGGCACCUUCCACAGCAAACUGAUCAAGGUCAUCUCCAAACCCUCCCAGAAGAAGCAGUCGCUGAAGAACACGGACCUCUGCAUCUCCUCGGGCUCCAAAGUCUCCCUCUUCAACCGCCUGCGCUCCCAGACCAUCAGCACCCGGUACCUGUCUGUGGAGGGGGGAGCGUUCAUUGCCAGCGCCAGGCAGUGGGCAGCCUUCACCCUCCACCUGGCCGAUGAGCGCUGCGCCCGGAGCGGCUUCCCGCUGCGGGAAGGGUAUAUCCGCUACGGCUCCGUGGUCCAGCUCGUCUGCACGGCCACCGGCAUCACCCUGCCUCCCCUGAUCAUCCGGAAGGUGACCAAGCAGUAUGCCAUGCUGGACGUGGAUGAGCCCAUCUCCCAGCUCCACAAAUGUGCCUUCCAGUUCCAGGGCAGUGACCGCAUGUACCUGUGUCUCUCCACAGAGAAGGUGAUCCAGUUCCAGGCAUCUCCCUGCCCGAAGGAAUCCAACCGGGAGCUGCUGAACGACGGUUCCUGCUGGACCAUCAUCGGCACUGAGGUGGUGGAGUACACCUUCAGCGAGAGCCUGGCCUGUGCCCGCCAGCCCAUCAGCCCUGUGCCACUCAUCACUGCCCUGCAGCUCACGGGUGGUGGGGACGUGGCCAUGCUGGAGGUGCAGGGGGAGUAUUUCCAUGCACACCUCAAGGUCUGGUUUGGAGACGUGGAAGCAGAGACAAUGUACAGGAGCCCCAAGUCCCUGGUGUGUGUCGUCCCUGAUGUCUCUGCCUUUGGCAGUGACUGGAGGUGGCUGCGAUACCCCAUCACGGUCCCACUCCUGCUGAUCAGGGACGAUGGCCUCAUCUACUCCAGCUCAUUCACAUUCACUUACACCCCAGAGCAGAGCUUCAUCCCAGGACAGCAAGUCCUCUCAGAUGUCCCCCAGGACUCGGACAAAUUACUUGACAGCAUCCAUCAGGAGUUCACCAGGACCAACUUCCACCUCUUCAUGCAGAGCUAG